AUGAGGGUGGCUCGUCCUGAGCACCCCCCGUUCCCCGCAGAGCUGCAGGGUGGGAGCUCCACCAGCGCCAGGGAAGAGGAGCCCGACAGCGGGACCCCCGCCCCCACUGGGGCUGCCCCGGCUGCAGGGCUGAGGGGUCCCGGCCCCCCAGGCAGCUGCGCCAGCCGCCGCCGGGACCGGGAGGGGCAACAGUCGGGGCUGGGGGGGCCCGGGAGUGAGAACCAGCCCGGUGCCUGUGGGGACCGUUCCGGGUGCUGGGGAGGCGAGAGCGUGACGGUGUGGUGCGAGGCGGUGAGCAGCCUCCCCGAGCUCACGCUGCUCUACUGGCUGGGGAACGGCUCCUUCGUGGAGAAGCUGCACCCGGACGGGGCCGUGCACGAGGGGACGGUGCUAGAGGAGCCGCGGGGCUCACGGGUGGCCCUGCGCCGUGACCUGCACAUCGACUGCUUCGGCAUCCAGCACCUGCACACCAACUUCACCUGCGUGGUGCUCAGCCCUCUCGGUGUCAACACCAGGGAGGUGCGGUGGCUGCACCCGGCACCGGCACGGGCCCCUGUGGAGAGCGGGGGGCUGGGCUGAGACCGGGGAGCAAAUCGAGACGGGUGAGCAUCCUGCAGUCCGGGUCCCCGCUCCCACGACCCUGCUCCACUGCAUGGAGAUGUGACACCUCCACAGAGGCCUGUCUCCGGGCCCCGCCGUGGGAUCCGCAUGGCCCCACGUCUGCCGGCCCCACUGUGCUAGGGGGGUCUCCCGGCGCCCCUCACCAAGGCAGGAGCGCUGCCCGGGCCGGCCCCAGGACCUGCCCGCAGCCGGCUGUGGGACCCCAGGGUUUAUUAAAGCACAUCAAGGCUG